AUGUGGUUUACAAUUUUUUUUAUAUUCUUCUGGUCAUCAGUUUGUACAGAACAUAUUCCUCUCAGUAAAAUUCAUCUGAAUCAACAUGGAAUGUUCACAGAUCAUCGUGGGUUCAUUAGAUUAUUUAGAGGGUUUAACAACGUGAGAAAAUCUUUUCCAUGGUAUGAACAAAAUGCCUUCAAUAUCACACAAAUACAAAUGUUCCAGAAUUGGGGUUUGAAUGUUGUUCGAUUAGGUAUCAUGUGGAGUGGAGUAAUGCCAAAUAUAUCAAUAGUGAACACUACAUAUUUAAAUCAAAUUGAAAAACUGAUUGAUUUAUAUGCUGAUCAUGGAAUUUAUGUGAUAUUAGAUAUGCAUCAAGAUGGAUUAUCGAGGCGAUAUGGUACUUAUGAUGGUAUACCACUUUGGUUAAUUGAUCAAUUUAAAAGACCACCAUACUUUUUACAAGAGCCUUGGCCGUAUAAAAAGUUGCCGAAAUGGGAUGGGGCAUAUUAUUUGACUUAUGAGUGUACUAAUGCAGCUCAGCAGUUAUAUGAGAAUGUAUCAGGUGCUUGGAAUCACUGGGGUGAUUUUUGGGAAAUCGUAGCUAAACAAUUUGGUAGAAAGUCAAAUGUACUUGGUUAUGAUUUGAUUAAUGAACCUCCACCUGGAAACUUUUAUUCUAAUCCAUUACGUGGGUUUUCAGGUUAUGCUGGUCGAUAUAAUCUACUACCAGUUUACGAUUAUCUUGUUGAGAGAAUACGUAAAUAUGACAAUUCAACAUUAAUAUUCUAUGAACCAGUUACAUAUGGGAUAUUUACUCCUCUAAGCCCCUCAGGAUGGUUAGGGACUGGAUUUCGACGUGUUCCUGGAGCUAAUCAUGAUAAAUCAGCACCGAAUAAAAGUGUUUUGUCAUAUCAUUAUUAUUGUUGGAUCUUGCAGAGUGAUUAUCCGAACACCACAAUGCCUUUUUGGAAGAAAGUUAUAUGUGACUCGUUCCUCUUACCAACUGUGAUAUCCAAUGCAAUUAAAGCAACAAAAACAACUGGAGGUGGUAGAUUUUUAACUGAAUUCGGUUUGUGUGGAGAUGAUGGAAACCCACGUAGUGUAAACACAUUGGAAUGUAAUGCAGUAUUGGAUGAAGCUGAUAAACAUUUUGAAUCAUGGACAUAUUGGGAUGGAAACUUUUUAGAUAGAAUAGGAAAUCCUAUUAAAAGUGAGGUGGAAUCUUUCAUUCGUCCUUAUCCUCAAUCAACAAAUGGGAUAUUUCGUAAACAACAAUUCAAUUAUAAAACCGGAAAUUUUAGUUUCUCCUUCAUUACAAACCGUUCGAGUAAUCAGUAUAGUAAGAAACAGAUUUUAAUUGCAGAAAUUUACAUACCAUUAUCUGUACAUUAUCCAAAUGGAUUUUCAAUGAACAUAAAACCAAACAAUUUAACUACUGAAAUGAAGGGAAAUAUACUGUCUUUAUACUUGCCAACUGAUGUAGGGAAUAAACAUGUACUUGUUGACAUUGAGAUUGUUAGAAAAUAA